UUAACGCUGUUGUGUUUUCAGUUCAGAGUUUAAUAACGUGCGUUUGUUUGUCUACGCGUCUCGAACGCGUUCUUGUUCGACAUUCCGCCACCGACGGACGGAAAAUAAAAAUAAAAAAACCAGCGCGCGCGUUUCUCGUGGACGGCGACGUAAAACGUGUUUCGCGCGGUCCGGUCCGAGACGAACGCACGUGCACUCAAUCGCAUCGAAAGUGCUCCUGAAAAACGAUGUUGUGACGGUCGCGUUCAUAAUGCCACACCGUUCGUCGUACCGUUCAGUGUUCCGUGACGUCCGAUCGGAGCGCAAGACCGGCGGCACGAGUUUACCGAGUCCGCGCCUCAUGCCGACAACGAAAAACACGUCACUAAGACGUAGUAACGCGCAACCGCUGUCCACAAUGAGCGUGCAAAACCUUCGGAACAAGUUUAGCCAGAACGGUGCCUCAGUGCCGUACAACCCGCCGGGGCUGAGCUACGGAAAACCCGUUGCCAUGAAUAACAACACCAGUAAUAACAACAACAACAACAACGGGCAUGGGGUGCUGCUUCAGCAGAACGGCGGUGUGAUCGGCAGUCGGUUCAAGACGAUUCGUGAGGAGCCGGCGGACGGCGACGAGAAGCCUCCCGUGGCCACCAAGAAUAACAGUUUCUUGCAAAGCUACUUGGCGGCCGAGGUGACGAAAAACGCGGCUAAGAAGCCGGCAGCGACCAAGUUCGCAACUAGGUCAUCGCCCAUGCCCGUCGCGGACGUCGCGGCAAAACUGUUGGCCAAGCAACCGCCCGAAGUCAGAUCGCCGCCCCCGCCUGUGUUGCGUGCCACUGGUUACACCCCUAAGGCUUCGAUCAAGUCGAGCCCCGUGUCAUCAGCCCCGACCCAAGUGCCAUCAUCGCAGCCCUUCUUGUCCCCGUCCAAGCCACCAUCGCCGCAGUCUUUCACGUCGUCCUUCCCUACCAAGUCGCCCGACCCGCAGCCGAGUGUCGUCAGAUCGUCGCCAAACACCGAGGACCGGUGGAAGAGCAAAUACGAAGAGACGGAGACCAAGCGGAAGGGUCUGUUGACACAGACUCAGAAACUGUUGAGAGAGAAGUCGGACAUGGAACGACAGGUGUCGAAACUCAGCGCUGAUCUCGAGGUAUCGAACCGAGAGCUGUCGGAAAGAACGUUGCAACUGUCGCAGCUGAGAAAACUUUCGGAAGGCAUGUACAAGGAGUACGAUCAGUUAAGACAACAAUACGAGCUCGAGACCGGCACGUUGCAGAAGGCCAUGGAACGAGCUUCACAGUGGUACAAACAAAAUCGCGAGCUAAAAAGGAGGAGCUCGGCGUUAAUGCAAAAAGUCAUGUCGGUCGCACCGUCCACGUUGGAUGAUUUGGCCGACGAUACGGACGGCAACGAUAACGACACGGAAAUGGAAGAGCUCAGGAAGACGGUCAAAGAGCUCACCCAAGAAGUUUCGAGGCUACAAGCGGAGUUGAAUAAAAUCAAACUGCAAGAGUUUGAAGCCCAGGAGCAGACCGUAGACUUAACAUCUGACCUGGAGGAGGAGCGCAGGGCUAGGGCACGUGUCGAACAAGAACUAAAAGAGUUAAAGAUGAAACACGAAAGCUUAGAGACCGUCAGUCGUAAAGUCGUCGAAGAGACGACAGUUUUACACCAACGGUACAAGAAAGAGAAAGAAGAAGGCGUAAAAAUCCGAAGUGAUGCGAACAAAGUGAAAUCCGAAAGAGACGUACUUGCCAGACAAAGCCAAUUGCUGAUGAUGGAUGCUGCUUCGGACGAAAAAAUCAUGAAAUUGUUGUUCGAAGUGGAACAAUUGCAAAGAACAAUAAGUGAAGAGAGACAAGAACACGCCGAACAAAUAAAAUACUUACAAGAAAAAUUGGAAUCUCAAAGCGAAUCCGAACAAAUCGAGUUGUACGAAGAGAAAUUAAAGUUGACCGAAGCGGAAUUACUGUGUUCUCAGCAAAGAGCCGAAACGGCUGAAUCUCAAUUGGUCGAGCUGAGGAAAAAAAUCGAAGAGACCAGAGCGGCGACCGCGGUCCCUCCGUGCGCACCGCCACCGCCGCCACCUCCGCCACCCAUGUCGAUGCCGCCUCCUCCGCCGCCGCCGCCAAUGACGAUGAUGGCGAACUUGCAGACCAUCAAGUUGAAAACCGUGAGCGCGUUGAACCACACCGCGGACGACGGCUCGAACGCCAUCGAGGAAAUGGGAAACUAUCUGGGACUGCCGGCGGCGAAUUCCAAGGGUCCUCAGGUUCAGAACGGUGCUAUCGACGCCAUUAUCAAUCAGAUCAAAGGAGGUCGAUUCUGCCUGAAAGCCACGGACAAAGAGAAACAGACUCCUGUCAAGAAACAAGAACCGCCGCCCGUCGUCAACGAGAUGAUGAACGUGCUGGGCACUCUGCGCCGUAAUCCCAAACGGAGAGCCAGUUUCAAGACGGCGCCUGCCGACGUAGCGCUAUAGGAAAGAAAUUUUUUUAAAAUAAAAAAUAAGAAGAAUAAAAAUACCCCGUACCGGACGAGCGUCUCCCUACGACUUUGUAGUCGGCGACGGCGGCCAAGAUUAUUCUUUAUUUCUGUUCCUCUGUUUUGUGUCUGUGAAACGAAAAUUAAAUAAAUAAAUAAAUAAAUCGUUUAACUGUAAAUAUGAAAAAAUGAAAAAUAAAAAAAAAAAUGUGAAAAGUACAUGUUAUAGAAACGAAUAUUAAACGCACACAGUCACCAUCGACUAGGAUGUCUGUGAUGUUUUAUGUUUUUAUCAAAUUUCUCAGUUAAUAUUUUAUUAUUAUAUUGUUGUAAAUAUUCUAGUGAAAAAAGGAUUAUUAUUUUUUUAUAUAUAUAUAAUAUCAUCACUAAAUAGUGAUCACCCUCCCUCGUUCGACCAUUAAAGUAGAUAUUAAGAUUUUAAAUUUAUUCUCAAAUUGUCGAUAGUUUUUUAUAUCGGUUACAUAUCCAUUGAAUUAUUUUUGUAUAACAAGUGUUUUGCCCGCCAACCAACAGUGUUAACGAAAUUAUAUGUUUUAUUUAUAAAAUUAUAUUGUUAAGUUAUAAAUGUGUACGUUAUUGUUGUAUGAUAAUAGUUUAUUAGCGAAUAACUUAUUUAACGUUAUGAAUGGUUUGUAAUAUUC